AUGUGGGAGGUGGUGGGUGGCGGCGAGAAGGGAGGCCUGGUGGUACGUGAAGGGCAGAGCCUCUCAUCCACGCAGCUGGAAGAGCGACUGCCAACUGGAGCGUUGGUGCGAGAAGUGAAGUUGGAGAGUGAACGCUUGUGCUAUGAGUUGAUCUCACGCACUGGGCCUGCCACCGGAUGGGUGAGUCUGAGCUUGAAGGGCCGCCCAUUGCUGGUGAAUUACAAGGAUUGGCCACCUCAACUGCAGCAGGUCUAUCGACACUCCAAAGAGCUCCUGCCCUCACUGCCCUGGCCGCAGCUGGCGUGCCAGCGGCUCGUAGCCUGGAGCGACCUGCACAUCGACAUGGGAGAAAAUAUGAGGCAUUUGGAAGGCAUGGCGGGAGAUCAGGAGGCUGCGCUGAUCGUUGCUGGAGACGUUUGCACCAAUUUGGACAUCUUGGAGAAGGCCUUGAAGCUCUGCCAGGCACGCUUCAAGGUGGUGUUCUAUGUGCCUGGGAACCACGAGCUUUGGGUGGUGAAGGAAGCAGCUGGCUCCAGCCGACCGCAACAGACUUCCCUGCAAAAGUUCAACGAGAUCUUAGCCCUUUGCGCCAGGUUGGGAGUCUUCACCCACCCGGCCUUCAUUGCUCCUGGCGUGGCAGUGUGUCCCUUGUUCUCCUGGUAUCGCGGAGACUUCUCUGGCAGCUUUGUGCAUCACAAGGGCUUCGACACGUCCACCUAUUGGCCCGAGAUGGAGUCCGAGGAUGCGCAUGACCCGCAGGUGCCGUGGAUUGCGGAGUUCUUUCUCCGUUUGAAUCAAACACGGGUCGCACAGGCCUCCGUCCUGCAGGAGACAGGCAAGCUCCAGACCUUGUGGACCUUCUCACACCACUUUCUGCCCCGGAAAGAGCUCAACCUCUCCGGCGCUCACCACGUGAUGAUGCCUGGCACCUGUGGCGAUGUGCAGCUGGAACGACAGAUCCGCACAGCACAUGCCAUUGGUCAUGUCUAUGGCCAUUCGCAUGUGGGACAGGAUCGCGUUUAUGAGGGGAUCCGCUACUUACAGCAGCCCAUGGGCUAUCCCAGUGAUGGGCAUCGAGAAGAGCGACCUUUACAGAUUUGGGCAGAAACCGACGAGGUCCCGCGCUGCCUCAGCUCCUCGGGAUCUCAGCUCGUCGCGCCUCCCGUGCUGCACCUGGAUGCGGACCGCGUGCGCGGCGCGCUGUGGGGCGCGCUCAUUGGAGAUGCUCUCAGUAUGCCAGUCUGUUGGUACUACGGGGGUCCCUUGCAGAUCAAGAGAGACUAUGGGGGUCCUUUGACUGGCUAUGUGAAGCCGAAACAGAACUUGCCCGGCAGUUUCAUGAAGGACGAGGUGAUUCCAGAGAAGAUCGACCAUGGACGCUCCAAGUUCUGGACGGUGGAGGAGAAGAAUCCCAAAAUGGGAUUUCAUUACCACUACGGCUUGGACGCGGGCGAGCACACUUUGGAGGGCUACAUCUUCCGCUUGUACCUGGCAGCCGUCGUUGGGGCCAAGGGAGUGGUUCAGGAGGCCGCCGGAACGCUGCAGGAGGACUACAUGGCUUUCAUGGAAGCGCGUGGUCCUCAGCACCGUGCUCCCUGGCUCUGUCUCUACCACCGGCUCUUCUUCCGUCGCCUGGACGACGGUUGGCCGCCCACGCGCUGCGCACAGAGCCGCGACCCGAAGGAGCUGGCCGAGACGCUGGACGCGCUCAGCGGCGCCGUGCCGGCGGUGCUGGCGGCGACGAAGCUGGAGGAGGCCGAGGCGGAGAAACAGGUCGCCAAAUGCAUCCAGUGCAUCAGGAGCUAUACCCCUGAAAUCGCGAAAUAUGUGAAGCUUUUAUCUCUGGCCUUUCGUCUUCUCCUCCAACCAGACGGAACAGACGGUCGUCCGCCUCCACGACUGGACGCCGUGGCGGAACGGCUCAACGUGGAACUGCGCGGGGCGCGGGGCGGUGCUACACGCUUGGCCGAGCUGCUGGUGGGUCGUAAAGAUCCCAUGACCUCCACGAGCUUGGAGGAAGGUUUUCCCAGCAUCUUGCACUAUAUGUUCCGCUACCACGACUCCUUCCCAGCUCUCCUCCUCGCCCAAGCCAAUGCGGGCGGUGAGUGUGUGCACCGGGGCACGCUGCUGGGAGCCCUGGCCGGCGCCGCGCAUGGCAUGAAGGGUAUUCCAGCGGAGUGGCUUUCGGGCUUGGUGGAGCGGCAGAAGAUCAAAGAAGAGAUCGAAGCAUACGUAGCAGCUCUUUGCCAUUGA